GUUGAGAUUCAGGAGUGUUACUUCAUGAAGUCCCAUCUGAACCCAUUAAUGCUACAACAUCAGUUGAUGAAGCACCAAGGAAAUAAAGGCUUCAACCUGGCCAACUAUAACAUUCAAUCAGAUGUGAAUCUAUGUAUUGACUCAAGCAAGAAUAACAAUAUGACAGUGGACCAUCAGAACUUCCCUCUAAAAGUGGUGCUGCCACCUUUAAAGGACCCAAAUAGGGACAUGAAGAUCCUGACUAUAGACCAGGGGAGUGAAGGAGACUCUGUGGUGAAACCUCCUCUUACAGACACUACAACAUCCCUCAAUGUAGAGGAGUUUGAAUGUGGCGUAAGUGUAGAAGGCUCUGAGAAACAAGAAUGGUCAUUCACACUCUAUGACUUUGAUGGCUGUGGCAAGAUUACUAAAGAGGACCUGGCUAGUCUACUGAAGUCACUCUAUGACGCUGUAGGAUCAUCUAUAAAACUGCCUCAAACUGGCACAAAAACUCUGAAACUGAGACUCACAGUUGCCCCAGAUGGCACUGGUGUCAACCAAUCAAAAGCAUUGGAUGGUACACCAGAUACGAAAAAAGCUCUCGUGAAAAAAGACAUUAAAUCAACUCCAAAUGAGGAGAAAAUAAACAAUGUUCAUAAAGGUACCAAAUUAGAAUUCUCCAAAAGAAACAAUGUUCAACCUGAGGGUGGCUUAUGCAAGAAAACAUUGAAUAAAGAUUCAAAAGCUAUGAACAAAGAUGGUAAAAUCCUCAAUAAAGACUGUAAAACCCCAAAUAAGCCGGUGAACAGGCCAGGAAAACCAGUGACUAAGGACACUAGAGAUGGUCAUAUUGAACAUAGAACAGUAAACAAAGACUAUAAGAAUAUGACCAACUCUAAGACAAUUAACAAAGGUGCUGCAGCUGUUGAUGCAUCAGCAGCUGUAGAAGGAACAGCUGCAGUUGGAGCAGCUGUUGAUGGAAUUCAAACGGUUGAUGGAUUAGAUGGCAAACAUCUGGCAGAUCUAAUACAGAGGAAUAUGGAGAGACACCAGGCACGGACUGCACACAGAAGAAGACAUCAAACUGAAGGUGAUACAUCAAGACACCACAGAAGACAUCAUCGCCAUAGCUCCCGCAAUUCAACCAAUCAUAGUGUCCCUAACAAUACAACAGCCAAUCAAACAUCAGCUGUCAAUAGACGCUUGGUUAAUCACCAAGAGAACUUAGACAGACGCAGUUAUUAUUUAGAUCUUGCAGGAAUCGAACAUGACUCAAAACUUCCUUAUCAACCAACAGAGCACACUACGCACAGAUCACAUCAUGGACAUAGCAAGUCUCGCAAAAGAGCAUCAAAGAUAGAUUCUUUUCACAACGAGGUUUCUAAGUCACCAAACAACAUCCAAAAUGAUGAAGAAGGAACCCGGAAACGCAGUGCUAGUUCCAGGGGCCGCUUUAAGUAUUCAGUUAAAUGUGCAGUAGAGCGUGAACCUGAAAGUCGUUCUCGCUCUUUUGAUUGUCAUCGACAUCAGCCAGUUGCUAUGGGAACCCCAGACUCACCCAGGCAGGAAACAAAGCAGCAGCAUCAUCAUAUGUCCCCCAGGGCAUAUAGAGACACCACAAGUGCUAGUCCAUGCGAUCCAAAUACCUCAUCCCCUAAACAUAGUAACCGCCAUCGUCCCUUAAGUCUUCAUAUUCCCGAACAGGAAGUGACAUCAUACAGGCGCCAUCAAAGGCAACGGGAAGAUCGCCAUCUAGCCAUGCAGCAAGUAGCAGAGUGGAUUGAGAAGGAACAUGUCAUUGGCCCAGAAGAGGAAGUGGUGCCAUCUAAUGUUGUGGUUCAGCGUCAUGAGCACCACCACAUUCACGAACACCAUCACCACCAUCAUUAUCACCACUACUACGAGACUUAAACCAGAAGUAAUACUUUCAAUUCAACACAGAUUCAAAGAUUAUUUACUGAAGUCUAUGAACUGGGAGAUCACCUUCAGAGAAUUAUGUUGUGCCUUCGCGAGACUUAAAUUUCCUGCAAACCACAAAAUAUGUACGAUUAGCAAUGCAAAGGGUCAAAUAGCUAUGCAUCUGUGUACAAUAAAGGAUGCAAAGGGUCAAAUAGCGAUAAGUUUCACGAAAAAAACAACAUAUUAUUGUAACCUGACUGGUGUUUAAGCCACACAACAAGAUGUUAUAUCAGGAUGUGAAUGGUGCUGCUAUAGAAAAUAAUUGCAUUUUUAUAAUCAAUUAUCAUAUCAUAAAAUGUUAGUUGACUGUUUGCCUAUCAUUAAGGUGGGUUCAGUCGGAUGACUUUUGGAGAAGAUAAUCUAUUUCACUUGGUCCACCUGAAGUCUUUUUAAUCUUCAUAUUAAUUUAUUGACUGUGUUUGGAAUGUAUAAGCAUUAGAAGUUUACAUGUACAUGUUGAAGCUGAACAUUUCAGAAACUAUGUGCCGGCAAUUACCAGUUUAACUUAAGACUGGAUAAUCAGAUAAUAACAGGCUUGUUUUGAUUUUAGAUUUUCCCCGUCAUUGAAAUUUUCUUUGUAGCAUUGUUUAAGGUGGUAAGAGUGGAAUAACCUUUAUGUCUAUGUGUAUGUGUUACCAGAAAGGACAUUUUAAAUUACGAAGUCCAUUCUGCUUGACCUUCCUUAAGAUUGGCAGUUGUUUUACCUCAAUGUAAAAUUGAGAUGAGAGUUGAUAUUAUACAGUGUACAUACUACUUUUUAAGAUAUACAUAUCAAUGCGUCAAUAUCUUAAAUAUUGUGAGAUAUAACUUUUAUUUUAUGGCUUUAUAUAAACUGAAAAGUGAUGACCUUAAUUGGUGAUAACCUUAUUUGGUGAUGACCUUAUUUGGUUAUGCCCUUAUUUGUUCAUUUAAUUGAUGGUCAUAUUUGGUCAAUACAGCUGUUAUGUGGAGUUAAUAAUGUUGUUUUGUGUAUUUAUAUUUUAUCCUAAAUAAUCACUAUGCUGUAAUUCAUAUCUUUAUAAACUGAUAUUUUAAAGUUCCUGGGUUUUACACUUAUUUACAAAAUAUAAUAGGUAGCUAUAUCCAUGAUUGGAAGGUUUAUUGAAAAUUGUUUUUUUUAUAAUUCUCAUAUAUUGUAUUUCUAGAAGAAUAGAAAGUUGAUAUUUAAUUAUAGAAUCAUAAAAUAUUCUUACAUGAUGUGAUGUUGAAGUAAUUACUGCAGGACAUUUGAUUCUGAUAUGGUCAUUAAUUUCAUAGUCUUGCUUCAAGACCCUAAACCCCCCUCGCUUUACCUACUUCAUCAACAAGUCUGGUGUGUUGAUAUCGUAA